UGGGACGUCAGACAUUUCAGUUUAAAAAACCAUUACCUAAAUACUGGUCUGUCGUUCACCUCGAUUGUGGAGAUUUUUAUUAUAAAUAUUUUAUUCUUUUUGUGUUUUAAAUAUUGAUAUCCUAUUAGUUGCUCCAAAUUUUUAAAAAUGUGUUCCCGUGAUCCGGCUUCAAAUCAGUUGAUUGACUACAAAACCAAUGACUCUGAGGAGCAGAAAGAGUGCACCACUUCUGUUGGAGCUCCGGUUGCCGUGAAGGAUGCCAUACAGACUGUGGGUCCAAGGGGUCCUGCCCUGCUCCAGGACUUUCACUUUUUAGACGAAGUUAUGAGCUUCGAUUGCGAGCGAAUUCCCGAACGCGUUGCCUAUGCCAAGGGAGCUGGAGCCUUUGGUUACUUUGAGUGCACCCAUGACAUUUCCAAAUUCUGUGCAGCCACGAUUUUCGAUAAGGUGAAGAAGCGCACAGCCAUUGCCAUGCGUUUUUCAAUGGCCUGCGGUGAGAAUGGUACGGCGGAUACGAAUCGUGAGCAGCGAGGAUUUGCAGUAAAAUUCUACACGGAGGACGGCAUCUGGGAUAUCGUGGGGUGCAACAUGCCCGUGUAUUAUGUGCGGGAUCCCUCGCUGUUCCCCAGCCUGAUACAUGCCCAAAGUCGGAAUCCACAGACGCAUUUAAGAGAUGCAGAUAUGUUCUGGGACUUUAUGACCCUGCGUCCUGAGACCCUGCAUGCCCUGCUAAUGUAUUUCAGCGAUCGCGGAACGCCCGAUGGAUAUCGCCACAUGCACGGCUACGGAGUGAACACCUACCGCAUGGUCAGUUCAACUGGCGAAACGCAGUAUGUUAAGUUUCACUUUAAGACUGAUCAGGGCAUCAAGAAUCUGGACAGUCGCCGUUGCGAUGAGCUAAAGUCCAACGACCCGGAUUAUGCCAUUCGGGAUCUGUUCAACUCGAUCAAGAAGGGCAAUUAUCCCACUUGGAGCAUGUUUAUACAGGUAAUGCUCAACGAGGAGGCCAAGAAAUGCCGAUUUAAUCCCUUCGAUGUGACCAAAAUAUGGCCACAGAAGGACUUUCCCCUGCUGCCAGUCGGCAAGCUCGUUCUCGAUCGUAACCCCACUAAUUAUUUUACGGAAGUGGAACAACUAGCCUUUAGUCCGGCCCACAUGGUACCGGGAAUUGAGCCAUCGCCGGAUAAAAUGCUCCAGGGCCGGCUCUUUGCCUACGGAGACACCCAUCGGCACCGUUUGGGCGUCAACUGCAUGCAGAUCCCGGUCAACUGUCCGUACAGGGUCAAUGUGAGGAAUUUCCAGCGCGAUGGUCCCAUGACCGUGACUGACAAUCAAAACGGAGCCCCCAACUAUUUCCCUAACUCGUUCUGCGGACCCAAGGAAAGUUCCCGGGCAAUGGCCCUACAAACAUGCUGUCCUGUGACCGGAGAUGUGUACCGCUACAUGAGCGGCGAUACAGAGGACAACUUCAGCCAGGUCACCGACUUUUGGACAUACACUCUGGACAACUGCGGAAGGAAGCGACUCAUCCGGAACUUGUCCGAGCAUCUGACUGAGGCCAGUCAGUUCCUUCAGGAGCGAGCCGUCAAGUUAUUCACCAUGGUGCACUCUGAUUUCGGUCGCUUGAUGACGGAGGCCCUAAACACGGCCAAGAUAUCAAAGUUCUAGGACCCCUAGGAGUCGACUUUUGGAGUAUUAUCAAAAUUAAUUUAAAGUCCAUGACCAAUAUAUGAAUUUCUGUUUAAAUUGUUCCGGAAUGUUUUGGGUAAUGUUGUAGACAUUAAACCUACAUAAUAGUUAA